GUCUGCUGCUCUGUGCUAUUUACGUCUGAGGGUUUAAUGUUUCAAUAGAAAUUUCUUUAUUCUGAUAUUUUCAUCUUCUGCCCUUUAUUGAGGUUUGGAAUUCCUGACCCACAAGGCUUGUGCUCUUACGCCAGGGACCAUCCACUUCCAGGUUUUUUUUUCCCCUCGUGCUUUUUAUAGCUGUCGAAGUUCACAGAAAAAAAAUAAAAGAUUCAAAACCCCUUAUAUGAGAUAGACGUAAAAGAUUUUGACAACUGGAAAGUUAAGGGGGAUCUCCACCUUCCCUCAACUUCCCAAUAUGCAUCAAUUAAGCUUUUUUACAUCUUAAAGCUAUUUGUAAAUGUAAUUCCAGUUAAAAGCAAUGUGGGUCCUGUUGUUCUGGUUCUGACCUUUACAGCAAUAUAUAGUAAAAAAAGAAAAAUCUGACCUUCUAAUUAACUGGCUUCUGGGACAUUGUUUCAGAAGUCAGAAGCAAUAGUACAGAGAAUAUGCAGUAGGUGUUUUGGUAAAAGCUUUUUCCCUGGGAUUUGAAGUGGAAUGGAGUUACUUCUGCUUCCCAGUGUUUAUAUAGUGAAUAAAGUACCCCCAUUGUAAAAUAUAUUAUACCGAGGAGUUCCAUGACCAUUUAAAAGCACGAGGCUGAAGGCCGAGGUCAUUGAACUCAGAGGUGACUUCUAAUAUCCUCAUAUUUUACAACAGGGGGUACUUUAUUUAUUAUAAUAUACUAGUUUCAUUGAGUCAUGCGACAGAAGCUAAGCUCUGAUUAUAACUGAUGACAUCGCUAAGCUUAAUUACUGGUAGGUCCAGGCUACUGUUAAUUUCAGGGUCCGCUAACAUCAAGGUGGACCCCUUGCCUGUAAUUCAAGAAGCAUGUGUUGUGUGGUAAAUAUUUGUAUGGAUUUUCUGAAAAGAUGGGGCUAUAAGAUAAAGAUGUUUUCUAGUGGCUCUAUAUCCUUUUCUCUGAGAUAUAUAUUUGCUGUAUAUUUGGUUCAAGCUGAUAUCAAAAAUCACAAACCCCGGACUUACCCAAACUUAAUCAGAAAACAUUCUCUCCCUACGAGAGCGGCAGAUUUGUUUUAGGCGGAACUGGCAUUUUGACUCUGUUUUUAACAGUAAAAUUGUAUAAACUAACCCUAGAAGUAAUGUUCUGGCAUCUUCUGCAGCCCCGGCACAAGAUAUUUAAUAAUAUUCCCUCUUGUUAAUAGAAUACAGAGAAAGCAGUAGCUGUUUAUUUUAGCAAUUUUUAUGCAGCGCUGUUUGUGAGGCUUACAUAUGUUGUCUGAAGCAGGCAAUGUGAAAACAAUUACAACUGUAAGGAUGUUUCCUAUUUGGAUGCUUAUUGUUACUCCAAUUGCCCUUUUGCCUUUCUUUCACACAUUAUGUUAUGGCCAUGCUGAAUACUGCUUCAAGGGGAUGUAAACCCCACACUUAAAUGCUGCCAAGCACGCAUGCCAGGAAACCUAUUAAUGCCCCCUUUUUAUAACAUAUCUAGCCCAUUCUAUGAUACCCCAAAAAGUGGUCAUGUUGUGAAUUAAAUUUUACUCUUAUUCUAACCUUACAAUAAUUCUGCUUUCUAACCCUGGCAACCAGAUUCUACACAUCAAGUUAGAACAAUAGAAAGAGACUAUCUGCAGAAUUUCUCAGAAUCUCAUAAAUGUAGGUUUAAAGAAGUGGUGUGCAGGUCAGUCUGAAACUUGCAGAUCGGGUUUUAGGUGCCACAGGAAGAUAUUCCUUUAGAUCUGUUUCUUGCACCAUUGGAAGCCAUGAUGAGUUAUACGACAGAUACGUGGAAGCUAGUAAAUGUCAGGGAGCACAACUGGUACCACUACAGUACCAUAUGUAGGAAGCCUUUCCAGAACCGGUUCAUGCAAAAAGAUGGAAGCUGCAAUGUCUAUUUCAAGAACAUAUUUGGAGAAUGGGAAAGCUAUGUGGUUGACAUAUUCACUACACUUGUGGAUAUAAAAUGGCGUCAUAUGCUCAUUAUAUUCUCCUUGUCAUAUGUCCUGUCAUGGUUGCUGUUUGGCUUCAUAUUUUGGAUCAUAGCACUCCAGCAUGGAGAUCUUAGUGAUAUGGAAAUAACCCCAUGUAUUGACAAUGUUCGCACAUUUGCUGGAGCAUUUCUUUUCUCUCUGGAGACCCAGACCACCAUUGGUUAUGGCAACAGGUGUGUUACAGAGGAGUGCUACAUGGCUAUCAUCCUGGUGACACUUCAGUCAGUUCUUAGUUGUAUUAUAGACACAUUUAUUAUAGGUGCAGCAAUGGCAAAGAUGGCAACUGCCCGAAAAAGAGCCCAGACCAUACGUUUCAGUUACUUUGCAUUGGUUGGAAUAAGGGAUGGCAAACUGUGCCUAAUGUGGCGAAUUGGGGACUUUCGGCCAAACCAUGUUGUUGAAGGAAACGUAAGAGCUCAGCUCCUACGUUACCAUGAAGAUCAUGAAAAAGGCAUCACUAUGGAAUAUAAGGACCUCAAACUAGUCAAUGACCAGAUAAUACUGGUCACGCCAGUAACUGUGGUUCAUGUUAUUGAUCAGGAUAGUCCACUGUAUGCAUUAGAUCGAAAAGGAUUGGCUUCGGAUCGAUUUGAAAUUUUGGUCACAUUUAUAUACACAGGCGACUCCACUGGCACAUCACACCAAUCACGAACAUCUUACUUGCCCCGUGAGAUCCUCUGGGGAUUCAGAUUCAACAAUAUUUUACAGGCCAAGAAAAAGUACUAUAAAGUAGACUGUGUGCAAUUUGAGGAAAUGACAGAAUAUUAUGCACCAUUCUGUAGUGCAAAACAGCUGGAUAUCAAUUCACAACCCAGCACGGCAACCACUGUCGCAGCCGUCAAUGGCGUACCUAAUGCAUCACCAAGUAUGACUACUGUUUCAUCGCUUGCCACAAUAGACAGUAGCAAUGCAGAUAAUGCUUCUACCUUCCACGGUAGUGUACUAGAAGAGAAUGGAGUGAAACAUAAUCGGAAAGUUGUUGUAACUUUGAGUCAGUUAUCCCUGGAAUCAUAAAUAUGUUUUAUUCAAUUACAUUAAUAUAUUAUUCAAAUAUAAAGUGCCCUCAUAUAACUUUGGGAAGAGGAAAUGUUACACCACUGAUGGACUUGUGCUACCCCCAUAUUGUUCAAUACAGACAACAAGAUGCCUGAACAUACUGAGAGAGUAUUAUUGACAGGAUUUAGAAGUUGCUUUUAUCCAUUGCAAUAUAUCAUGUGCAUUAUAAUAUUUCAAGAAGCACAAAUGCAAUGCUCUUUAGAUGCUUCUCAUCAAUACUGCUGCUGAUCUAUAGGAACCUAUAGAAAAAACUGAUUUCUAAGCACAAUGGAUUUGAAAAGCUAGACUGCACUAUUAUUCUAUUGUUGUGCACCUAUGAGAAUGAAUAUAACCCUUAAGGCUGGAGUACAGUUGUACAAUCAGGCACAUCUUGCUUAGAUACAAGGCUCCCUAAGCUCCUGGGUAUGUGCUAUGAAACUAAGUUUGCUCCAUAGUCCUGCUGAUGGAGCACCAACUGAACAAUGUAUGUGCUUCUGCCUGGAGCCCCAUUUGAGCUUAUUUCAUCUCCACAACAAUUGAUCUCCUGCUUAUAAGACAGACGUUCAUAGAGCCUAUGAGAAUACAUAUGCCACUGAAUGGAGGACCAACAAAGUCUUGUCUCAGAUCAUUGUAUUUGGGUUGCCGCUUAACAAAAUUGUUGGCCGUAUUUACAACAUAGUCAAGCCAUAUGCAACUGAACAGGUCAAAGAGCUCCAGGAACAAAAGGGUUAAUAAAUGAUACACUCUAUCAUUUAGAAAGCAAACCGCUGAUCAUAUGUUUUAAAGGAACCACUUUUUCCACUUGUCACAUUGAAUUAAACUCACCCAAGACUUUCUGAGUAUCAUAACCACCAUUAUCUCACUGUUUGAGAAUUCUGAACAUUACUGCUGUGAUUACUUAUAUUAAUAGCCACAGAAAGAAUUACUCUUUUAUUUCAAUAAAAGAUAAAUGUUGGCUUCAUCAGAUAACAGAAAAAGGAAUUUUAGGAUUUUUUUUUUUUGCAUUUCCUUACAGUUCCAAAACUUUCAACAAAAACAUUUUCCAAAGAUGUUGUUGUAAAAAAUAAACAACAAACGAAAAAAAGGACACCAGUAUCAAACAUAGUGAACACCAAUUGUCCAUUAUACUGGAUUUGCAUAUACAGUAUUUAUAGAUAAAAUGUCAGGAAAGAAAGUUCCACAGAAGGAGAAAAAGACAAGGUUUAUAUUUAAAUCUGUAGUUAGAGUGUGUUAGAAAUGCUGGCAGUUAUGUGUAACUUUUCCAUGACACAGUAUAAUAAAUUCCAGUUCAAUGCUGCGACUAUCAAGGCUAUUAAUACGGUGUCUUUUCUGACCCAAUUGUUCCCUUUAAAAUGAUAGCAUUAAUUUUAGAAAUGAUUUAUGAUGUAAAGGCAGAUAACGUUUUCCCAACCAAGCUUUAAGCUGAAUUGGAAGUGAUAUCAUAAGAGAGAGAAAUGAGUAGAAUAGAAAAAGAAGCUUUAGGACUUAGUGGUGAUUUUGUAAUAAAUCUAUUACACCUAUGGGAUGUAUUAUCCCAAAUGUAAGGGAACUGAUAUUGCUGCAAUUAGGAUCACCUUAAAAUUUAAACGCUGAACAAACCCAGUAGGACUGAUUUGCCAACAAAAUAGAUUUAGGAGCUUUGCUACAAGUGCUAGAGAACAAAGGGGUACAAACACAUGCCCCUCAGGGGCAGAACUAGGGGUAGGCAGAAGAGGUACAUGCCUUGGGCCCUAUAGUGGGGAACGCUAGGUAUUUACCCUUUGUGGCACCAACCCUGGCCUCUUUGGCAGCACACAUAAGCACAUUCUUUCAUGCACACACAUGGGAGGAAGGGGAGCAGCAUAGCAAGCCAGGUUUCCUAGGGCACCCAGCCAGUUUGGCCCUGCUCUGGUGCCCCUUAUGGGACAUUUUAAAGGCACUUCCAUCUGGGGUCUGGCUGUGCUUUGCACUAUAGUGGUCACUUACUUAAGGGAGGGCACACAGUACAAAAACCAUUGUGGAUUUGCACCUUGCCUGACUUCUAUAGUCAUAUAGUGAUCAUUUUACUUUUAACUAACGCACAAAAAUACUGUUUCACUUGAAUGAAUGUUUCCUUCAUAAGAAUAUUCUUUUUAUAUACAUUUUAUAGGUUGUUGACUUGUUUUCUGCUGUCAAAUGAAAAAGGGUAUCAAUGAAUGCACAUUUUAAAACUCAGUGUGUGUGUGUGGCCCAUUGUCUGCUUUCCAGGAUAAUGCUCUUUAAAAUAGCCAUUUUUAUUGGCCGUCUGGGAUGUUCCCCAGAGGUAUAUAAUUCCUGUAGAUAUUCUGAUGUAUUCCCUGCCUUAUCUCGCCUUUAUACAUACCUAAACGUUUCUGAAAUCUGUUUAUCACUACUGAAGUGCUGUUUCUGGCCUGGGGCUUCUCAUUUCUCUCUUUCUUGAGCAUCUUUUCUGCCUUUCCAAGAUCAUCCCUGCCUAUACAAAAGGCACCCCCACACAAAGACCAUACUCUUAUGAACUAUUAAGAAUAAUACAACCCCAAGUUUCUCUGUGGCAUAUAUAAAAGCACCAUGAUAUUUAAACCAUUUCCUUCAUAUAUGUGAUCAAAGGUCUGAUAUUGCCAUAUUAACCUGCAAGGAGGCACUGUUUAUUGAAUGGCUAUUGGUACACAUUCCCUAAAACAUGUUUAGCCAAAGUAAAUAAUCAACACUUUCAACCUUUAUAGCAAUUAGCGCUGUCUCAUCUUUAAUACAUUACAGGUAGAUAUAUAGUGUUUCUGCAGGCAAGUCCUGCAAGUCCAGGUGCAGGAAUAAAUGUUAAAGUUCAGGUCAGUAGCUAAGGGUGAAGCUAAGUCUGGAAAAUAAUGACAUUAUGAUAGAGGGUCAUCCAAGGUAAGGGCUCCUAGCUGAAGACAGAUUGUUAAUAACUGCAUCUGGGAUCUGUAACGGAAGACAGCUGGUCAGUGUCUUUUUUCCUUUAUUACGAGAUUGUUUCAAGAAAAAGGUUCCAAUGAGGUGCCUCAGGUAUUUGGAACAGAAUCGAUCUUGUCAGCAACUAAAUAAUCUCCAUACAAAGCAUUCAGAGACAAAGUUAUGUUAACCCUCCUCAGUUAUCUUGUAUACUUUAUAAGCCAAAGCACGCUAAUGAAAAACAUAGCUUUUAUUACAGAUGGUCAACUCCUUCAUCCAGAAAGGGUCACAUCAUGAUGAAAGACAAUGGAAAUUGCAAUCCAAUUAAAAGCUUAUGAUGCAGUUCUCCCAAAAUAUCCUUCAUGUUCUAAGGAAUAAAUGACUCCACAGUCCAUAAUAAUUAUGUCAUCUCGUAAGUUUUUGGUUCUAAGUAAGGACUGAGGGAUUACACAUUCAGUAGGUCAUGGAAGAGUUUUAUUUGUGAAAAAAACAUGAACUAUGUGGGUGAGUUAGAAGCACAUUCGGCCUUGGUUAGGGAAGAAUAAACAAUAAGAAUGAUGAACCGUCUCUAUAAAGAGUGGCGUUAAUGGUGUUGUAUAAAUAAAGGAUGAUGAUUAUGAUGAUAAUAUUAACAGCCAGGUCAAAUUUAGGACAUUUUUUCAUGCUUACACUACUGAUAAUAAAAGUCAUUAUCUUUAUAUGAGUAGCUCAGACUCACACUGCCUACAUUUCAGCUACUCAUUCCCUGCCUAUUCUCAAUGUCGGCUAUUCGCCAUCUCCUUCCUAGGCUGUCAGAACCUCCAUGGCCUGGUCUGACUUCGGUCAGCUACCCCCUGCCUUGCUGCAUAGACAGUCAUUGCCUCCUUCCUUAACUUGUCAGUAACUUGCUGCCUGCUUCACCGCACAGUCAAGCACUUAAGUUGUACUUUGCCCAGCAGUCACUUGCAGUACAUGCCACUUUUUUUGCUUCUCAUAAUCCCUUUUAGUCCUUUUUACAUGCCCUCUACAUCAAUGUAGCAGCAGCAUGCUCAGAAAUUGUUGAUUAUUCCCAUCAGUCCCUGCCUCAGAGCUUGCAUUCUAAGGCUCAUGCCCACAAAUAUAUAGUAACUAUUAUUAUGGUCCAGUUAAACCAUCUAUACUUUCUUAUUGUCUUUUUGUUUUCUUUUAUCAUUUCUCCUUUCUCUGUCAUAUUUUCUCACUUUCUCUCUUAAGGCAUUUUCCCUAUAUGACCCCCCUUACUCCCCUUCAGUAUCAGUAAACUAGUGGAAUAUUUACAAUCUGUUCAACAUUUCUCUUCAGACAAGGGACCAGUAUCUUGGAACACCAUACUCUCAACUGUCCUACCACUGCUGUGAUGAGGUCUCCCUCCAUUGUCUUCCUACAUUACUUUCACUUAGGGUGUAUGAACUGGAGAAGGCUCAACUCCAUACAGUGCAUAAGCCAAAGAACAUAAUGCCAAAAUGGUAAAGCGGGUGUAGAAUCUCAUAUACAUUUAAUAAACUAAAUAUAGUGAGAAUUAAAAAGUGAAACUCAAAGACCUUUAAGUAUGAAUACUGUAGGUGCUCUUGGGGAGCUUCCUCUGCCUGUAAUGCAUUCCUCUACAGAACUACAGGCAGCAGCACUGGCCAUACUCUCUAAUGCAGUGGUGUAAAGCGAGGUGAGGUUAUACUGUAUGGUACAGGCAAGAACAGCAGUGCCUAUUAAUGUAUUAUAUUAUAAAUGUUCUUUUCUCAAUGGUUGUAGGAAUUCUCCUUUUCCUCUGCAUGCUUUUUCCUUUUCCAAAUAAAGGUUACCAAAUCCAA